GCAGCGCACCCAGCCCGCCCCGCCCGCCCCAUCGCCGCCGCCCGCCCCCGGCCCCGCCCGGCCGCGGCCCCGCCCGCCCCACGGGCCGGGCUCCACGGGAGCCGCCGCUCGGCCGGAGCGGGGCUGGCGGCGGCGGGACGUGGACUCUCUCAUGCCCUGUCUCAUCCUUCUCACCUCCUAAAACCUCCUUCUGAAGGAUGGCAGCCGCCUCUUUCCGCUAUGGCAUGACCAUCACCGGGGCCGUGCUGCUGGUGACGGGAACGCUGUGCUUUGCCUGGUGGAGCGACGGGGAGGUGGGCACACCGGCCAGCAGCGGGGCUCGCCUUCUGCCUCCCCGGGAAGCCGAGGUGGUUCCCAGCUCCUCCUCCAGCGCCCUGCUCCGCUCCGUCAGCUUCUUCUGCUGCGGCAUCGGUGGCAUCCUCCUCCUCUUCGGGCUCCUCUGGUCCGUGAAAGCCAAUGCCAGGGUGGUCUCCCGCCGCUACCAGUACCAUUUCCCCAGGGACCUGCAGUACUUCACCGCGGAGCCUCUGGAGAAGUGGAACUGCAGUACCUGGGACUCCAGUGCCAUCCCCACCUACGAAGAAGCCCUGACCUGCAGACCUGCCCAUGGUGCCCCAGCCUACGUCCAGCCCCCAGGGAGGAAGGAGGAGCUCACGCCGCCCCUGUACCGGUACUUGGAGGAGGACGAGAGCUGGCAAGGCGGUCGCCGACGCAGCUCCUCCGACAGCGCCUUGUUCCGCCCCAGCCUGUCCUGGCUGGAGACCCAGCACCCCGGGGAGCCGCAGGCAACGCCUCCCCCCAGCUACGAAAACAUCAGCAUCCGGGGCGUCUGAGCUGGUGGGGGGGGGUCUGGGACUCUGUGGGUGGCUGCCCGGUCCCUCAGCUUUAAGCUGAGCCCCUUCCUUUGCUGGGG